ACAAAAUAGUAGAGGACCUACUUUGCUCCCUGUCAAAAAAGUCGUCAUUGACGUUCCCGCCAUUUUGAAACCAAAUUUUCGUAAAAGCCGGCUGUAAUUAAGAGGUAUCUUCUGGUAAGAAACUUUAGCUAAAUCUAAUUCAAUAUGUCAGAAGAGAACGUUACUGAAACCAAUGCCGAUAUGGACACAGAAGGAGAUCCAGUAACAAUGACGUUAAACGAUGUGCUCGAACUAGAAGAUGAGUUGAUUGAAAACACAGCUGCUGUUUUGGGGGCUGCUAACGAUAAAAUUUGCUCGUAUGUAGAGGGGUAUAUUAAGAGACAAGCCCUAUACUCAUGUUUAACGUGCAUUCCAGAAGCAAAAGAAGACCCCGAAACAGGAGCAGGAGUUUGUUUGGCUUGCAGUUUCCAUUGCCACGACGGUCACGAUUUAGUCGAAUUAUACACUAAACGAAAUUUUCGUUGCGACUGUGGAAAUAGCAAAUUUUCAAACGUAGUUUGCAAUCUUUUCGAAGAUAAAAGUUUAGUAAACGAUCUGAACGCAUAUAAUCAAAAUUUUUCCGGAUUGUAUUGCGUUUGUCAUCGUCCAUUUCCUGAUAUAGAAGAUCCGGUUCCAGAUGAGAUGAUUCAAUGUAUUAUUUGCGAAGAUUGGUACCACACUAGACAUCUGGGAACCGAAUUGCCGUCUGUCAAUUUCGCUGAAAUGAUUUGCGAGGCUUGCGUUACUAAACACGAGUUCUUACUGCACUAUGAUGCCCAUUCUACUAGUAAAUCUGGUUCUGAGGAUGUUAAUGUUGAUGUUACUGCAACUGAGGUGAAAUCUAAUGAUUCCGAGAAGGAAGAUAAAGAAUCUGAAGAUGGUGCGUAUUGUAAGAAACCUAAAGAGAAGUCCACAAAAGUUUGUGCUAAAUUUUGGCCUGAGGUAAAUUGGCGUAAACAGUUGUGCACCUGCGACGAAUGUCUGAAAAUGUACGAAAACGAAGACGUCGCCUUUCUGUUGGAUUCCGAAGAUCCGGUACAUUUGUACGAAGAAAAAGGGAAAGCUAAAGUACAAGAAAUAGUGGAAAGUCACGAUAAACAAUUCAUGAAUUCGAUGAAUCGCACCCAAUUGAUACAUUGCAUCGAGGGUUACAACGAUCUCAAGGAAAAUCUGGCGGAUUUUUUAAAAAAAUUCGCAGAAGAUAAAAAGAUCGUUCGAGAAGAGGACGUCAGGGAAUUUUUCGACGAGAUGAACGCGCGUAAGAAACCGAAAAUCGAUGUGCCCCAUUUUUGUCGUUAGAUCAGUAGAUAGUUUCGUUUCCCCCUCGUAUAUAUACCAGUAGUAAUGGAAUUUUUAAUUGAAAUAAAUAUUUCACGUGCGCA